AACUUCUAUUAGAUAAUCAAUGUCUGUCCAUGGUGGUUCAUGGUUGGAAUUUUAGAGUGGUCAAGUUCCUCAAUUCCUUAUUCCAACCUAGGCAAAGUCAAAACUCUCACAAGCGCAUGGUAGUUCAUGUCACCCACUUGAAAUCUUAAAAUUUCUUAGUGAUUUGGAUAGAAAAUGAGAGCGAAAAAAGAAAUGUCAUUUCUUAGUCAACAAGAAAAAUAUAAAGAAGAAGGGUUUCUUGUGCAUAUAUAUUGGAGAGAGCAAAGGCGGCUUUUGCCUCUCCGAAAAAAUGGGACAGUUUYCCUUUCUGUUUUCUUUCUUGUUGUUUGCUCUGUUAGUUUCUGGUAAGCACGAAACUGAAACAAAUGCGAGCUCAAAGAUGGACGACGGUGGAAAGGGAAGAAUAGGGGCCAUUGUAGACAAGAGUUCUAGGAUUGGUAAGGAAGAGAGUUUAGCUAUGCUGAUGGCUGUAGAGGAUUUUAACUCCUUAAGCAAUUCAAAUUUCAGUCUUGACAUCCGGGACUCCAAAAGUGAUCCCAAUCAGGCAGCUCUUGCAGCCAAAGAUCUCAUCAAUAUGGAACAAGUUCAGGUUCUUAUAGGACCACAAACCUGGGAAGCGGUUUCCGUAGUUGCUGAGAUCGGAAGUAAGAAUCAGAUUCCAGUUCUGUCAUUGGCUAAUGACAUGCCAAAGUGGGCAACUGAGAGGUUGGACUUUUUGGUCCAAGCUUCUCCCUCCCAGUUUAAUCAGAUUAAGGCCAUAGCUGCUAUUAUUGGUUCGUGGGAUUGGCAUCUGGUUAAUGUCAUAUAUGAAGAUGGAGAUUUCUCGACCACUGAAAUAUUUCCUCACUUUGUGCAUGCCCUCAAAGAUUUUGGAGCUGAAAUAAGUGAAUUUGUUGGCCUCCCUGAUUUUGAUUCUAAUUUAUUGUCCAGUGAACUAGAGAGGCUUAGAAGAGGGCCAAGUAGAGUUUUCGUAGUUCAUAUGUCUUCAAAGUUGACAUUGCAUCUAUUUGAGAUGGCAAAAGAGAUGGAAAUGAUGGGAAGGGACUAUGUUUGGAUCACUACUGAUUCUUUCACAAGUCUUGCACAUUCUUUCAAUGUUUCAAUAAUCUCUUUACUGCAAGGAGUUAUUGGAGUCAAGAGUUACUUCCCGCAAAGCAACCCUGAUUUUUAUCUUCGGUUCUGUAGAAGGUUUAGGUUAGAGCAUUCAGAUGAGUACAACCACGAGCCUAGUAUUUUUGCAGUACAGGCUUAUGAUGCUGCAAGAACAGCAGCUAUGGCAAUGAGUGAAACCCAAGAAAAGGGUCAUCACUUAUUGGAAAAAAUCAAKCUCACUGAUUUUCAAGGAUUAAGUGGAAAGAUUCAGUUUAAGGACAGAAAAUUAACCCCAGCCGAUACUUUUCAGAUCAUCAAUGUGGUGGGAAGGAGUUAUAGGGAACUAGGCUUCUGGUCUAAUGAAUUACACUUCUCACAAAAGUUGGGGAAAAGAUUGUCUUCGAGUUUGUCAAUGAAGGAUCUUGGCAAAGUGUUUUGGCCAGGUGGAUCCACAGAUGCUCCAAGGGGAUGGGCCAUACCAACAAAUGCCAACUCGUUGAGAAUUGGUGUGCCAACUAGUCCCAUGUUCAAACAGUAUGUAGAUGUGGAAGGAGACCAAAUGGGAAAUAAUUUAUCCUUCAAUGGACUUGCAAUCGGUCUGUUUAAAGCAACCAUAGACAAUCUGCCCUUCCCUCUGCCGUACAACUUCUCUGCUUACAAUGGAACAUAUGAUGAUCUAGUGAAGAACAUCGAUUCGAAGACUUUUGAUGCUGCCGUAGGUGACAUAGCAAUAGUAUCAACACGUUAUGAACACGCAGAAUUUACACAGCCUUACACUGAAGCAGGACUUGUGAUGAUAGUUCCUACCACAAAAGACAGAAGUAAUAGAGCAUUGUUGUUCACAAAGCCCUUUACGGUGACCAUGUGGAUUGUAAUUGCUGUGGUAAAUGUCUACAAUGGCUUUGUUGUUUGGUUCAUAGAACGAAGUCAUGGUCCCGAAGAUGAAGGUUCGAUGUUUAAUCAAGCUGGAACCAUGCUUUGCUCAUCCUUCACCACUCUCUUCUCCUUGCAUGGUAAUAGGCUACACAGUAACUUGUCACGGAUGACCAUGGUGGUUUGGCUAUUUGUGGCACUUGUGAUAACUCAGAUAUACACUGCCAAUCUUACCAGCAUGCUCACUAUUCAAAAGCUUGAACCAACUAUAUCGAAUAUCGAGACUCUCCAAAGAAUGAAUGCAUUUGUGGGAUAUGGCAGAGGGUCCUUUGUUGCAAGUUAUUUGGAGGACGUUUUACGCUUUCGCGGAGAAAACAUAAAAAACUACUCUACACCUGAUGGUUUAGCUGAAGCUCUCAGAAACCAGGAGAUAGCAGCUGCUUUUCUUGAAGUCCCUUUUGCAAAAUUAUUCCUUGCAAGAUUUUGCCAGGAAUUCAUGAUUUCUGGGCCAACCUACAAAGUUGGAGGAUUUGGAUUUGCGUUUCCGAGAGGCUCUCCGCUGUUACAAUAUGUCAACAAAGCAUUGCUUAAGGUAUCYGAAACUGGGAAGUUCAGACAGUUGGAAGACAGCAUGAUCGCUAAUGAGAAAUGCGAGGAUGGGGAAGCAAAAGAUGGAAAUCCAAGUCUCAGCCCCAACAGCUUCUUUAUACUUUUUGUAUUAAGUUCAGGAGUAUCAACAAUAGCACUUGCAUUGUACAUCUUUAAAGCUCAUGAAUCUAGUCUUCAACAAAACACCAUCUGGAGAUUAAUGAUAGCUGUGAUGAGACACUGGGGAAAAAACAGGAGGCGAUUUUCUCGACGGGUAAGCGAUCAGCCACAAACCAUCCCAAAUAACUUCUCAAAUGUUACAAACAUGCAAAUUCAAGUCUAGAAAACUGUACUUAAUCUCCAUGCCRAAGUGCUGUAUAAUAAUAGUUCAAGGUCUUCAUAGAGUUCUAGAGCUCCCUCAUCUCUACAAUGGAGACUAGAAGAAGAAUAAACUCCAUUAGACAGAUGAGGGAAGCUCUAGUUGGAAGCAUAGAAAAUCAGAUGAUUUACAAAACAAGUUGUUUUGUAAAGCUGUAGAUAAAUAUGCAGAAAUUAACUGUUUAAUCCAUAAAACGUUUCUUUUAGAUUUAAAUGAUAUGUGAUUCAAGACUUGGACAUUCAUUCAAGUCAAGUGAUUGCUCAA